AUGAGUUACAGAACCUGCAAAGAAGUCGGCCCCCUGUGUCCCGUCGAAGCCACCACAUACGGCUACUACCCAAACUUCGGCGGCAAUGUCUUCUUCACGGUCUUCUACGGCGUCCUGGGGCUGGCGCAGCUCGGCAUCGGCGUGUACUUCCGGGCGUGGACGCUGAUGGUCGCGCUGGUGGUGGGCGGCUUUCUCGAGAUGGCCGGGUACAUCGGACGGAUCCUCAUGCAUCACAACCCGUGGGACGAAGACGCCUUCAAGCUACAGAUCGUGUGUCUGGUGCUGGCGCCCACCUUCGUCGCGGCCGGCAUCUACCUCACCCUCAAGCACAUCAUCCUCUCGCUGGGCCCGGAACACUCCCGUCUGCAGCCGCGCCUGUUCACCUGGAUCUUCAUCGGCUGUGACAUCGGGUCACUCAUCCUGCAAGCGGCAGGUGGUGGUGUCGCCGCUGCCGCGGGGAACACCAACGUGAAGCUUCUCAACGCGGGCAACAAUAUCAUCAUCGCGGGUAUCGCGUUCCAGGUGGGCCACCAUGUCGGUGUGCGGCCUGCUGGGGCUGGAGUUCUUCGUGCGCGUGAUUCGCCACGGGCCCGUAUCCCCGAGAUGGCAGGUGGUUGGGGAAAUCCCCUGAUGCAAAAGGAAGACGAGUUCCUUGUCCUGGACGGGAUGAUGAUCGCGCUCGCCUUGCUCGCUCUCACCGUCUGUCACCCGGGCUUCUUCCUUCGUUCGCUCCGGAAGGUCAAAAGCAAGUCAUAA